AGUGAAGGGGAAGACGACGACGGAGGCGCGCGCGCAACAGCCUCUCCACGCCUUCGCCGGCGGCGCUUUGCUGGGACUGCCGGGGGAAGACGCUGCCGCUCGCUCAAGUCCGCUGAGGGGACGAGGACCCUCCGCUUCCUCAGGGGCAGGCGCAGGUGCGGGGCCCGAAGCCCCUUCAGAGGAGAGCCGCUGCGUCUUCAUCGCCUUCGAGCGGCGUCCUGCCCGCGCCCUCCUUCCGCUCCCGGCUCCUUUACGAAGCUUCCCGGGCGCCUCGGGUGACUGGCUCCUCCCCUCUCCCUUCGCCGGGCGGAGGCGGGCGGCGUGCGCUUGUUUGUCCGCCUGUUUGGUCUCUCGAAAAAAGACUUUAGAAUCCGCGCGAGCUCAUGUUUCCCUCUUGGGCGACGGCAGUGGCGGCCGGUCUGGUCUCCUUGCACUUCCUCCAGAAGCUCUUCUUCCCUUACUUCUGGGCCGACCUGAAGUACUUACUGAAAGUGGCGCGCUAUGGCUUGAGGGUCGAGGUCUACAGGCUGCGCGGCAGCGUUUCCACCGCGCUCCAGCGCUUCGGGGCGCUGGCCCGCCGGCAGCCCGACAAGCCCUUCCUCAUCUACGAGGAGCAGGUGCACACCUACCGGGAGGUGGACCGGAGGAGCAACCGGGUGGCGCGCCUUUUCCUCGAGGAAGGGGCGCUGGCCAGGGGCGACACCGUGGCUCUGCUCAUGAGCAACGAGCCCGACUUCAUCCACGCCUGGUUUGGGCUGGCCAAGCUGGGCUGCGUGGUGGCUUUCCUCAACUGCAACGUCCGCGCCAGGUCCCUCCUGCACUGCAUCGCCAGCUGCGCGCCCAAGAUGCUGGUGGUGGGAGCAGGUAAAGUACGCGCCUGAUCCGUGUUCGAAACUCCCCCGUUGUUCUAGGCGCCUUUGGCGACAGGGAAAGUUUCUGGGAGCAGCACUGCCCCUGAGAUUUCUGAUUAAAACUGCAGAGUGGAAGGAGAGGAGGAGCUUUUUCUGCCUCCCCACUUCCAGCUGCUCUCUGAAGACUGGAGAAGUCACCCUCUGUUCACAGUCUGUGAAGGACUUGCUCACAAAUUUAUUGACAGCUGCAUGAAUCAUUAUAGCUAGGAAGUGGAAGGGGAAAGUAGAAUAAAAAAUGGAAGGAUGGUAUAAAGUGGUGUGAAAUGUAGCUAUUAAUGAUAAAUUAACAUGUGCCAUUAAGGUAAGAUGGGGAAUAUGCAGGAGAAAUGAUUUUGAGGAGAUAUGGAGGGUGUCUGUAGAAUUUGUACUGUUAAAACGGAAAGGGGUCAGACCAUCACAAGAGGUGUUGAAAUUUGGGGGGGGUGGGAUAGUUACAAUGGAAUGGCCUUGGUGGUGGUGUGCACAUUUUAUUCUUAUUUAUGAUUAUUAUGUUGUCGAAAUAAAAUUAAAAAAAACCACGAGACCCUCUGAGGAAUAUUAGGAGGGUGGGAUCGACCAUGUGAAAAAUGAACAAAAUAUUUUAGCUGCGGUUCAUUCAUUUUCAGCUUUGUAUUCUUGUUCUUAAAAAAAAAAGUGUGCCUAGACAUUCCGUUGUUGCGCCCAUAACCUAAGCUCCUAGCUUUCAUAUCUGUUUCUAACGCUGCACCUGAUAUUUGCAUAUUGCCCGCCCCUUUAUCCUAGUGCGCUUCAUUCUCCCUCCUCAACAUGCCCUAUAGUUUAUUCCUUCUCAUGGGCGUAGCAAAAGGGGUCAGGGGUCAGCUGCCCCCCCCAUCAAGUAAAACAAGAGAAAUCCUUAAUUAACUGACCAAUCACAUCGGUUCUGCCACCCCUAGGAAAAAAUCCUGGCUACACCCAUCUUCAUUCUAGAGAAUCUAGAGGAGCAGGGUGGGGGUUUAUGCCAACCAGGGAUGCCAACUUAAAUACAGUAUUGGGGGCGGGCAGUUAAGCUCCGCCCCACAUAAUUGCAUGACAUGCUGCAUGCACGCCAUAUGAAUGGCAAUGUCUGUCAACUUUGCGGGAGCCCUGCCCCCUCAAAUAUUGGGGUGGGGGGGAAUGGACCUUAGCCUCUCUGAGUUUCUUCCUGUGAUACCAACUCAGGCUGCAUGCAGAUCAGUGACUGCGUAUUUGAAUACUUCUUAGAGUAGAAAGGUCUAUGAGCAUAGAAAAUGGUUUGAUAGGGUAAAGCCUUCUCCUUGAUAGUCUAGUUUUGCAUGUGCGUGGAAACUGUAUGUUACAUACACUCAUGCACACACACACACACACACACACACACACACAAGAGUCCUGAAAAAGGGUUGGCACUAUUUUGAAUAUAUAAACUUAUAGCGGCAGGUGAGGGUGUUCUAACUUGUAAUCACAAGGACACGGUGCUUUAGCAAUAAAGAAGUCCCAUGUUUUGCUAGAAGUUGCAUGCAGCAUGCACAGCGAUUUUCUUCAUAUCUUAAGGGUUUGGGGCAGAUUCUCAACAUUACUUGGUCUCAGUUAUGCUUUAGCAGCCAAUUUAGAAGUCUUGAAUGAACGAGUGAGUGAGUGAAUGAAUGAAUCUUUAUUUGCAUCAGCCAUCAGCCAUAGCAACAAAACAGCAAUGCAAUAUACAAAGAACAGAAAUAAAAAGUUGAUUAUACAAAACACACUUCCGGGUCCUGAAUCAGCAGUCAAAUAAUGGACCUUAUUCUAAGUGCCCCAGCUAAAAACCUUGAAACCUUUGCUGUCAUCUGCUACUCUUGAUCUGCCAGGAGGACACUGUGGCAGUGGUUGGGUGACCUGGAAUGGACAAUAAGAGAGGGGUGAUAAUCUCAUUCCUCAAGUCUUUAUAAAGAGUGGAAGCCAGAAGGGCAUGCACCACUGAUUUGGUACUGCCAUCUCCACAGGGACAUAAGCGUUUUUCAUGUGUAGGAAUCCGUAGGAUUGAUUAUUCUUAUAUGUCUUGUUGAAUACUGGCAUGAGCCAACAAGUGGUAGUUUAUUCUAUUCGUUAUGGCUCCAAUAUGGAAAGCUAUAUUGAGCUAACCUGUUGCGCUAGCAGGAGCCAGCACAAUUCCUGCUAGCCCAAUGGGAAUUGCUCCCUCUCCUGUUCCCUGCAUCCCAUCCCAUCCCCAGAUUUGCUCUAAAGGGUCUAGGGGGGAACCCAGAACAGAUUUUAGGGGCAUACAGAGGGAGGACAGAGGAGAAGCUUCCAUCCCUCAAGGAAACUCCUUGCACUUAUGGAACCUUAGCACUACCUUGAAUAUAAGCCAGAGGCUUUGUUUACAAUUAAAUGGUAUACAGUUUUUAUUAAAUACUGUAAAAUACACGUUAAGUCAGCAAAUGUUUAUUUGGCAAUUCCAAACCUGGGUUUGCAAAGGUAAUGCGGAUGAAGAGGGGUGACUGCAGGGUGAAAUAGUAGAAUUGGGAGGCACUGUGGACAUAGACUCAUAGAAUUAUAGAAUUGUAGAGCUGAAGGAACCCAAAGGGUCUUCUAGUCCAACCCCCUGCAAUACAGAAAUUUAUCUUCUCUUUAAUGUAAUUGAACCUCCCCUGUUCAAUGCUGUAAAAAGGUAAAGGACCCCUGGACGGUUAAGGUCAGUCAAAGGCGACUAUGGGGUGCAGCGUUCAUCUCACUUUCAGGCUGAGGGAACCGGUGUUUGUCCACAGACACCUUUCCAGGUCAUGUGGCCAGCAUGACUAAACCGCUUCUGACGCAACAGGACACUGUGAUGAGUUCCAGAGUACAUGAAAACACCGUUUACCUUCCUGCUGCAGCAGUACCUAUUUAUCUACUUGCACUGGUGUGCUUUUGAACUGCUAGGUUGGCAGAAGCUGGGACAGAGCAAUGGGAGCUCACCACCGUCCUGCAGAUUCAAACUGCAAGCCCAAGAGGCUCAGUGGGUUAGAUCUGCUUAAAUACAUCUAGUGAAAGAGAGUUAAUACUUCCUGAGGCAGCCUGUUCUACUGAUGAACAGCUCUUAGUGUUAGGAAGCAUCUCCUGAUGUUUAGCUGUAAUCUGCUUUCAUGCAGUUUCCACCCACUGAGUCUAGUCCUGUUCUCUGGAACAGCAGGGAACAAAUUUGCUUCAUCUUCCAUAUAAACACCCUUCAGAUAUUUGAAGACAGCAUUUACGCUCCCUAUGCAUGGUUGCAUGGACAGCAGAAUGCAGAGGAUGGUGCCUUGUAGUGUCAGCUAUCCCCACAUGCGUGCAGCUGUUAACCCCUCUAUACGGUGAUUUUUACUCAAUUUUAAGAUGCCCUUUGAUUUGUUUUGCUUUACAUGUUUAUCAGUUAUGAUUUAUAAUGUUAUCGUCUGCUACUCUGGAACUCUUGUGAGAAGGGCAGACUACAAAUAAAUAAUAAAUAAACCCUUCCAAAGUGCUGUAAAAGUUUAGGUGUCUGAAUUGUCUCCCAUCACCCAACCUCUUAAAGAAAGCUUCCUAGAAGGUUUGCAGACUCACAACAUACUUGCCUUCCAAUAUGAAAGCCUCUCCCUGAUGCAGAAUUACCAAGUGGGAAAGAAUACAGUGAUCAAUAAGGAUCUUGAUUAUUGAAAACAGUAUAUGCUGAUUUCCAUCGAGAGGCAUAAGUAUUUGAGAAUUACUUUAUUAUUAUUUAUUAAAUUUGCAUACCAUCCUUCAUCGGAAGAUCCUAAGGCGGUUCACACAGAUAAAUACAAAUUAAGAAUACAAAAUACAUAAUAAAACAAAAACAAACCAAUAAACCCUUCCCACAAACACAUUUAAAAAGCCAUAGAAUGUUAAUCAGCCAAAUGCCUGGUUGAAGAAAAAUGUUUUCACUUGGUGCCUAAAGAUGUGUAAUCGCCAGGUGAGCCUCCUUGGGGGGAGCAUUCCACAAACAGGGAGCUACCACAGAAAAGGCCUCUUCUUGCGUUGCUGCCCUCCUGUUCUCAGAUGGAAUGGCAGAUGACAAAGGGCCUCAGAUGAUGAUUGCAGGGUCCAGAUUGGUUCAUAUGAGGAGAGGUGGUCCUUGGGGCAUUGUGGUCCUGAGCAUGUAUAACAUGUUUUCCUGAAAUAGCUGCUACAUAUAGGCCUAUACAUAUGUAUUAUCAUAAUAGAAGACACAUGAAUAACAUAAUUUUUAAAUCCAAGAUUUCUGUAAAAUGUCACCAGUAAAAACUCUCUGGAAGAUUAAUUGUAUUUCAAGAAUCCUGAUCAUUGUCUCUUUGACCACUUAACACAAGACUAAGUGGUCUUGCAUGGUAGUUAAUUCCUUGUUAACAUUGUACAAAUUCCAUGUGUCAUUUGUUGCAUAUGGUAAAUAGACUUGUUUCUUGUUUUGUUGUGCUUAUGUGGAUCGUGACCCUCUGUUCUAUGAGAUAGUUAUUAAGAACAGGAGAAAAUGUAUGCAUUUUUAAAAAUCACUAGAUAAUUCAAUUUGUCUUUUAAGGAACAGUUCGGUAAAUAUUGUUAAAUCUCCACAAAAAUUACUGAAUUGACUUUUAUAGGAUCACUGUGAGACUGACUGUACUCUAAAAAAUUAUGCUGAAAUUGAAGUAGAAAUGAAUGACAUCUGGAGUUAUACUUGGAUUGUUUAUUCUUUUAGCAUGUUUCAGUUUAAUAUUUCGCUUUAAAAGUCUUUCUUAUGAAAGUUCUAUUAGCCUACAUAUUACCAGAUGAAUGCAGCUGUCUUAAAUUAAAGAUUGAUGGGAAUAAGUUCUUGCAUUGAUGAAAUUCAUUCUGAAAAAGUAAGGAGAAACUAAUGUGUGUUUAGAAUCAGGGGAAAUGGAUUUUAUUUAACAAAAUGAACUUGCUUUGAAAAGUACUGUACUUUAGGAAGUGAUGUAAGAUGAUAUGGAAAUAAAAUCACUAGGCAUCAUUGGAAUGCUAUUCUGUCAAGACAAUGGGAGCAGCUGCAAUCUGCCAAUUCUUUGUGAACUCUACGUACUUCCAGAAGGUUUUGAUACUGUUGAUCGUGGUAUCCUCCUGGGAUGUCUCCGAGUCACAGGAUGAGUGCCCCAUUUUAUGGUGGGUUUAGUUCUGCUUGCAGGAUUGAUUCCAGAAAAUGCUCUUGGGUGACUGUGCCUUGACCCUCUGUGGUGUGCCAUAGGGCAUGAUUUUGUCCCCAGUACUAUCUAAUGUCCAUAUGAAGCCACUGGGAGUGUCAUUAAAAGCUAUCGGUCAAGAGGACACUGGUAUGCCGACGGUGGCAGGCUCUGUUUCUCUGUAACAUCUGAAUCGGGAGGGACAAUACAUUCUUAAUAAACUGCAACUUAAUCUUGACAAGAUAGUGGCCAUGUCCGGAAACUGAGUUUCGUACAAGCUCUAGAGCAGGUUGUACUCCAUAUGAAGGAGCAGGUGUGGGGCUUCUCCUAGAUUCAUUGCCUCCAUUAGAGGCCCAGGUGGCCUCAGUGGCUCAAAGCACCCAUUACCAGCAUUGGUUGGUGUUCCAUCUACAACCAGUUCUAUACACUGAAAGCUUUGCAUAGAUGGUCCAUACAUUGGUAACCUACCAAUUAGACUACAGUAAUGUGCUGUAAAUGGAGCUACCCUUGCAUCUGGUUUGCAAGCUACAGCCAGCUGAAAAUGCAGCUGCUAGAGUGCUUAGUGGGACACCCAGCUGUAGAGAUACUGUGCCAAUUUUGAAAGAUGUACCACAUCUUAAUUAGACAUUAAGGCAAGUGUUGGUGCUGACCUUUAAAGCCCUAAACGGCCUCGGUUCAGUAUAUCUGAAGGAGCGUCUCCACCCCCAUUGUUCUGCCCGGACACUGAGGUCCAGCGCCGAGGGCCUUCUAGCAGUUCCCUCACUGCGAGAAGCAAAGCUACAGGGAACCAGGCAGAGGGCCUUCUCGGUAGUGGCACCCGCCCUAUGGAACGCCCUUCCAGCAGGUGUCAAAGCAAUAAACAACUACCUGACAUUCAGAAGACAUCUUAAGGCAGCCCUGUUCAGGGAAGUUUUUAACGUGUGAUAUUUUACUGUAUUUUUGGUUUCUAUGGAAGCUGCCCAGAGUGGCUGGGGAGGCCCAGCCAGAUGGGCGGGGUAUAAAUAAUAAUAAAUUAUUAUUAUUAUUAUUAUUAUUAUUAUUAUUAUUUGCCAAGGAGAAUCCUCUGGCCUCUUCACAGCCACAUCAGAGGAGAAGCAGGGAUGCGUGCAUGUGCAUGUGUGGUGUAGUGGUUAAGAGCGGUGGACUCGUAAUCUGGUGAACCGGGUUCGCGUCUCUGCUCCUCCACAUGCAGCUGCUGGGUGACCUUGGGCUAGUCACACUUCUCUGAAGUCUCUCAGCCUCACUCACCUCACUGAGUGUUUGUUGUGGGGUAGGAAGGGAAAGAAGAUUGUUAGCCGCUUUGAGACUCCUUAGGGUAGUGAUAAAGUGGGAUAUCAAAUCCAAAUCCAAACUCUUCUUCAUGUGUUUUUCCCCAUAAUGCUAAGCCACGACUAGCUAACCUGUGGCCCUGCUAAAGUUGUUGGAUUCCAGCAAACCCCGGCCAGCAUAGCUAAUGGUCAGGUAGUCCGACAACAUCUAGGGGAAGGCAUAGCUUAGUUACCCUUUUGUCAAACUUUGGAUUAGUGUUACGUGAAUCUAAUCAUCAUGUGUUUCUCAUACCCUAGUGCAGUGAAGAAAUGAAAAGCAGAAUUGUACUUUCUAGAUGAUACAGUGGUACCUCAGGUUAAGAACUUAAUUCGUUCUGGAGGUCCAUUCUUAACCUGGAACCAUUCUUAACCUGAGGUACCACUUUAGCUAAUGGGGCCUACCACUGCUGCCACCGCACGAUUUCUGUUCUCAUCCUGAAGCAAAGUUCUUAACCCGAGGUACUAUUUCUGGGUUAGCAGAGUCUGUAACCUGAAGUGUCUGUAACCUGAAGCAUCUGUAACCUGAGGUACCACUGUAGUAUACUUUGUUCUCAGUGGCUCCUUUUGGGUUCUCUUGAAGAUUGUAAUCUGGGACACAUACCUGACCUGCUUCCUGCCCCAGUCUCCGAUCCUGACAAACAUUUCACUACUGAUAUCUAUCUAUUGAAUCCAGUAUUGUAUUUAAUAUGUUGCAAUAUUAUUUUUUAGAUAUGCUUGGAACCUUAGAGGAAAUUCUUCCUAGCCUCCAAGAAAAUAUCAGGAUUUGGGUGAUGGCAAAAGAAUCCACAUUGCCACAUGUUGAUACCAUUUUGGACAAGCUGGAAGUUGCCUCUGAUGAUCCUGUACCAGCUAAUCUCUGUGUUGCUAAUAACUUGAAGGAUCCUCACCUCUACAUUUUUACCUCUGGAACAACAGGUACAACAUUCUAUAAAGGUUUUCGAUACACAGUCAGAAGUGAUUGUGCUUUUUUAAAAAAAUGAUUGUUGUUGUUGUUUAGUCGUGUCUGACUCUUCGUGACCCCAUGGACCAGAGCACGCCAGGCACUCCUGUCCUCCAGUGCCUCCCGCAGUUUGGUCAAACUCAUGCUGGUAGCUUCAAGAACACUGUCCAACCAUCUCAUCCUCUGUCGUCCCCUUCUCCUUGUGCGCUCCAUCUUUCCCAACAUCAAGGUCUUUUCCAGGGAGUCUUCUCUUCUCUUCUCAUUAACUAGGUUAAUGAUUAACCUAGAGCAAACACACUACAAAUCUACACUGAUAUGGGAGGGCCCCACCUCGAAAAGCUCUUGGCUUGGAAAACAGUUAAAACUUUUCUUUCUUUUUUAAGGCCAGCUGCCUACUGUAUACUUCUGACCCCAUAAACCUAUAUAGUACGUAGUAAGCUUUUCAGUUUUUCCAGAUGGCCAGGACAUUAAACUUACUCAUUUAAGAAAUAACUACUUUUUGUUUUACCUUUUAAUAUUGCAAAACAACACCCACCACCUACUAAUUCUACUUUGAACAUUGGAACAAAUAGCAGUAUAUUUUCUGAUCAUGUGACGUAGCUUUGGAAUUUGGCUUCGUGAGCUUUAUAAUCUCCUUUCUUAGCAUGUUGUUAUACAUCUGUUAUGAAAUGUUUCCUGUCCAAGCUUGCUGAGCUUACAGGUCAUUGUGGAGAAAGAAAAUAGGAUUAAGUUACUAACUAGCCCUUUAGUUUUGAAGCAGAUGGCCAGGUUUGUUGCCAUUGGUACAGAUGCUAAGAAGCUAAGAUCUUUAUGUGCUUGUUUUGCAACACUCCUUAUCAGAGGACAUGAAAAGCAACAUUAUACAGCUGAUUAAAAACAAAUGUUCCACUCAUAGUAUUAUUGUUAUUUGUUAAAUUUUACGAUUAUUUUUGUAUUAAAUAUUAUUUAAGAGGCCCUAUUUGCCAUAUUUUCCUUACAUUUUGAUUAACAGCAAAGGCUAAUUUGUGUUUCUGUGUCAUAUACCAAUAUUAUAGAUGCCUUUUCGUUUUCUUCUCUGAUGCUUGCAGAACAUGCCUUAUCUCCGUUACCUGUAAUAUUUCCUGAUCAAUGAUGUAGCACACAUCCCCCCCCCUUUUAACUUGUGUUAUUGAAACCAAGUGUCAAGUGCUUAGAUCUUAAUCUUAAUUUUACACACAUGUAAAGCCACACUUGUGUUCAUGGUCCCUAUUGAAAUGAAUGCAGCAGCACAUGCAGAAUGUUGAAACAGAAAAAACAACAACGACCUCUCACAUCUUCCAGGAUCAGGUUGAAGCAUAAGUCAGUUUAAUUCAUGCUGCAUAUAUACGCUCUGUCGCAGGAGACCAGGGCCCUGUGGGACUUGACAUCCUUCUGCAGGGCUUGCAAGACGGAGCUGUUCUGCCUGGCCUUCGGUCCAGGCCCAGUUUGACCCCCCUCUAUGGGACCCUGUAAGUUACCUCUGGCCCUUUUAUCGGCUCAUGUGGGACCAACAUAGAUAGCUGGCCCUGAUGAAUACUUUGAGGUUCCCGACCCCUAUGGUUGUGAUUUCAUGGGCAGUCAUUUAAUUUGACCCUGAUUCUAAUUUUUAAGCUGUAUUUUAAUCAAUUGUUUGAUUGUGUUUUAAUGUAUUUGACAUUAGAUGUUAGCUGCCCUGAGCCCUGUCUUGGCCGGGGACGGCAAAGUAUAAAUAAAAAUUAACUUACUUAGUUACAUAUAGAAUUUGCAAUAGCAUAAUUUGCCUAAAAAUUUGCAACUUUUAUAAUUCAAGCAAAGCAGGUGGUGUGACCAGAAGAGAAGCUCUUUUCCAAGGAAAUAAUUAGACUAUCUAAUUAUUACAACUAUACGUGUGAUAGAAUAUCGGAGAUUGGAUCACCAAACUUUUUUCCCCCUUUUAUUCAAAUGAAGCUGAGGGGAAAGGGAGCUGGUUAACAGUUUGUUCCCCUCCCUCCACCAAACAAGCAGUUUUCCUAAUCUAAUUCACGCCUGUAACGCUUUUGAUGCCUAUAGCUUCAAGAUGUGAUGCCUGAAUUUUGAUCAGGAAAGUGGCAUAGGUGAAAGAACAUCAGGAUGUCCAAUCUGUAAAAAGCUGUAAUAGUUUCUGAGGGGGAAAAAACAUUGACGAUUUUUGUUUUAUAUACCUGGGUAGCAGGGAGUAUAUAGCUUCCAUAAACUGGCUACUUGUUUUGAAAUAAGAAGUUUUCUUUUUUUAAACAAAAUAAUGUUUCAUUUUUCUUCAAACAAUAAAAUAAUUUUACAUCAAAUUUCAAUAUCCCAUUUCAAAACAAUGUUUUCUUAAUGCAUUGACUUGCCUGUUAUUUUAAUCUUUUCGCAGAAUACAUAGUGAAUGGGCUUCAGCAGGAGCAACUGGUUUGUUUAUUUAUUUUGGAUGUUACUUAGUAAUAUCCCAGAACAAUUUGUGCAAAGUACAUAACCUAUUUUAGCAUAUAGAUGAAAAUUUCACCCUGGAGUACAAAAAGCAGCCAUUGAUUUUGUAAUUAAGCUUUUUUUACUUCCUUUGAAAGAAAAAAAAUACGUUUGCGUAUAUUUUAUUUCUUUAUUUCAGGUUUACCAAAGGCUGCAAUUAUCAGUCAUCUGCAAGUUCUAAAAGGAGCUGCUGGAUUAUGGGCAUUUGGUGCCACUCCUGAUGACAUAAUUUAUAUUACUCUCCCUCUUUACCACAGUGCAGCCGCUCUACUUGGCAUAGGUGGAUGCAUUGAACUGGGUAAGGCAAGUUGACAUUUCCGUUCCACCUUAAGGAACAGGCAUGAGAUUGUUGCAUGUCACAUGUCUGUUUACAUUCCAGCACAGGUUGCUGGGAACUUCCGUUUGUGCAUAGCUUUUGCUUUUGCUGUUCUCUCUGAGAUGACACGAGAGAGAGACGACAUGUUUCUUUAUCCUGAUUUAUGUUUAAGAAAUCUGUAGCUGUAGAAUGAUUUCACAAGCCUCACGACUAUUCUGUGUGCGCAGUACACUCUGCUAAUAGCGUGCCCUGGUCGCUGAUUUACGUCUGAGCAUGGGCCGAUGGAAGGAGAUUGCACAGCUGGGGCUUGCCAGUUGGCCUCCCGGCCCUCCGCAUGUCGACAGUCUUUAGUCAUGCUUAUGGAAAGCGUGUACAAGUGUUUCUAAAGGAGAUGAAUGAUCAACUUCUACACUGAAAUAGUUAGAAUAAGCCAAGAAAAGACCCUCAAUCAAUAAUCACAUUAAUGGGGUGUGCCUUGUAGUUGCUUUAAGUCACAUUUCAAAUCUCAUUCUGCCAUUUUGCAGUGGUACCAGUUUAGAGAAGCUCAGUAAUUCCCUUGAUUAUUACAGAAUUAUGUGCAGGGGGUACAUUCUGUCCUAGCCAGGGGACAGCUUCUAUUCUAUGUUUCUGGUGCGUGCUUAGCAUAUUGUAGGAAUGCAAAGUUACAGGUUAGGUUCCAUCACAGGUUAGGUUCGAUCAAGGCAAGGUCAAGCAAAGCAGAGGUCAAGUUCCAAAAAGGCAACCAGUACAGGUAUCAUCUGGAUAGAUCCAAAUGAAGCUUAGGGCUGCAGGUCAGUCAAUGCAGGCCUUAAUAUCCCUAUGACAACCAGGAACCCUACACUGAACCUUAAAUAGGACUGCUGCUUUCUCUGAGCAGUUGAGUCCCAUUGCUUGUGAGCAGAGCUACUUUUAAAAGGGCCCAGUGCUAUAAGGAUGGAGAGUCAGAGCCCUGGGUUAUGGGAAAGGGCAGCUGUAAGAAGCUGUGGAGAGUAUCCUCUUCCACCUGAUACAUGCUGCUCUCAUAGAAUUUCCAUUACAGGUCUCUGAGGAUAGCUUUAUGUUGUUGAGAGCUUUAUGUUCUGUACUGGCUACAGAUCAUAUGGUGAUAAGCAUAAUUUGUUUCCAUGAUCCACUGGGAAAAAGACAGAGAUGAAAGCAUCUUCUGUUAAAAAAAGGGGGGGAGGGGACUUACUGCAGUUUCACUUUUUCCUAAUCAGCCAAACGAAUUACUCUGAAAAGCUGGGUCUUGGUUUUUCCUCUGCAUAAAAUGGAUGAAAGUUCACACUAAUACCAUGUAGUAACUUUCUGAUACGUAGAGGACUCCUGGAUGCACAAAAAAGUUUCAGUUUUGGUGCGGUUGGAUAAGCAGGGCAUCUAAGGAGCAGCAAACAAAUUAAACAUCCCUUCUGGGUUCAUAUAGCAUUCUGCACGUUUCUGUGUAAACAGGCAUUUUCACCUCAAGGGAAAUUUACCAGUACUUCCCAGAAGGGCGGCAGCCAAUAUGGCCUGGCCCAGAGCACAGCUUGAUAUAUAACUGCUAAGAUCAGAAAUACGUUUUGCAUGGUUGCAGUCUGCCUGUCCCUAGUUCCUGAACGGGGUAACUGUGCCCCUGAAGGACCAGGAGCGCAGCCUGGGAGCACAGUAUACCUGAAGGAGCAUCUCCACCCCCAUCAUUCAGCCCGAACACUGGGGUCCAGCUCUGAGGGCCUUCUGGCAGUUUCCUUCACUGCGAGAAGUGAGAUUGCAGGGAACCAGGGAGAGGGCCUUCUCAGUAGUGGCGCCUGCCCUGUGGAACACCCAUCAUUUGUCAAGGAAAUAUACAGGUACCUGACUUUUAGAAGACAUCUGAAGGCAGCCUUUUUAGGGAAGUUUUUAAAGUUUGAUGUUUUAUCGCUUUUUAUUAUUAAUAAUAAUAUUCUGUUGGGAGCUGCCCAGAGUGGCUGGAGCAACCCAGCCAGAUGUGCAGGGUAUAAAUAAUACAUUAUUAUUAUUAUUAUUAUUAUUAUUAUUAUUAUUGGAUCUGGCCAUGCCAGUAGGGUAGCCUAUCCUGAUUUAAGGGAUAUUUAGCAUUACAAGUGUUGUGGUAGAAUCAAUUACUUCAAAGGCACACAGAACAUGUUGUUCAGGCAUGGUGAUCAAUCUGGUCGUGGGAGACAGGGUGCUGUGCACAGGCCUAGCUAGCACUGUCAGCUCCUGAGAGACAACCCCCCAACCAUAAAAGGCUCAAAAUGCACAGCCCAGUUCACCCUGCUCCCCUGAUAUCAAGGACUUGCCCCAAUCGUGGCCUGCCAGCAGUGUGAAAACGUCCAAGAGAAGGAUAGAUUUAUUGUUUAUGCAUCCAAUUAAGCUUUGAAGAAGCUUGUGCCAUAAUAAAUCCGUUGCUGUUUUUGCUGCAACACACUUCUCCUCUGGCAACAGAGUGGAGUCACUGGGACCAGUUCAGCCUUCAUGCAAAGGCACAGGGUGUUUUAGGGGUGGGGUCCAUCUCAGCCUGAGGCCAUAGUCCCUUCUAAGCCGUUUGAGGCCACAUGCCAGUGGUAGGUGGGUAAAGAGGCGAAAGUGGGUAGGGCAACAAAUGUCAACUUUACCUUUCUACAGGAGCCUGGUUUUUAUACACAAUCUUUCACCUCACUAUCAGCCAUCCAUACAAGCAGGACACAUGAUCAGAGUUCAAAGACCCAUUCCAGUCAUUCAAAAAUAGUGUGCAAAGCAGAGACCCUAAAAGGUGUGGCCUGAGGAGAGUACAAGGGCCAGACGGAGAGGUACAGGGAUCUGUAUUCAGCCCCCAAGACUUUGAGGUUCCCUGCCCCAAUGUAUUGCAACAUGUACAUAGAUUUUUAAAUUAAACCAAGUGUGUAUCAAUUAAAUUCAAAUCUGUUCUUAAGGAUGUUAGACCUAAAUAAGAUUAUCCAGUAGGUACUGUGCAUAGUGUCAGCCAAAAGUUAAUCCUGAAACUGUGGUUUUGUUUUUCCCCCAAGGUGCGACAUGUGUUUUAAAAAAGAAGUUUUCAGCUAGCCAGUUCUGGACUGAUUGCAAAAAGUAUAAUAUUACAGUUAUUCAAUACAUUGGGGAACUGUGUCGUUACCUUUGCAAGCAGCCUGUGGUAAGUCCAUUUAAAAUAAUACAUUUAUAUGUUAGUUUUAUCUAUAGCCCACUCUUCAUCUAAUGAGCAGUUUACGAAAGAUAGUUUUAAACAAUACAAAACACAGUCAGAUACCAUCAUAAAAUUAUUAAAACCAUGCUUAAAACAUAUGCGGCAGAAAGCCUCAGAGCACAAAACUCUGACUUCCAUUAAUGGUUGCGAUUUACCUGAACAAUUUUGAAUGAGUUGGAACACUCUUGCUAUCUGGGUUUCUAGCCUGGGUAAACAGCGUUGGAAUUGUCCCCAAGAUUGCAAGAUUGCCAACAUAUUUUUAGUAAGAAAAAAUGGGUGCUGCAAGAAUUUCAGUCAUGCUAAGCAUGUAUAAAUCUCUCUUGAGCCAAGGAUCCCAGCCAAAUGUAUUAUGAGGCAGGCAACUCUUUGAAAGGAUAGCCUGCCUCCUUUUAUCUUAUUGCUUCUAAAAGAAAUCUACCUGCUUCUAAAGGACAGUAUUUUUCCAUGUAUAAGACAACCUUUUUAUGAAAAUUUUAGUGAUAAAUUGGGGGUUGUCUUAUACUUGGGUUAAUACAGUAAGUAAACGAGGGCUGGAGCCUUGUUGGUAGCAGGUAGCAGGGAACAGUUGGGGGGGGGGGGUGUCAUCAGAAAAACCGCUCAACAGCUCGGCAAAAUUACAAAAGAAGCUCAACAACUGUUUUUCUGAUUUCCCCCAAAAAGCUCAACAACUUCCUUAAUUUUAAAAUUUCUUAAUUUUGGGCUCCCAAAAUACACGGGGUUGUGUUAUACACGGAAAAAUAAAUUACACGUGAAAGCAGAGUUAGAUGCAGUCUCCAUGGCAUGCAUGAUAUGCAUUUGCACUUUGGGGCCAAUAUUUAAGCAGAGCGAUUCAGACUUCUCAUAGUUAGUUUCUGGCUCCACAACUUCCCCACAAAAUGGCAAUUCCUUAGUUAUUUAUGGAAAUGCCUGUAUUGGGACUGACAGCAUUACUGCCAUGUCAUGCACAAACAUCCGAAAAAUGUGUUUUCUGUCAUCUUAUAUUGUGAAUGGCCCUGAGAUCUGUUAAUGAAGAGGGGUUUAUAAAUCUAACAAGUAAGUAAGUAAAAACUUAAGAAGAUAAAUCUGUAAAAGAUAAAUCAAGAGAGAACAAUAGGGAAGUUCAAAGCAAGAGAAAUACAAAUUGUUGGUUCUCACCACCGUCCUAUAUAAAUGUGUAAGAGCACCUACAAAUUCAUAUUGCAGAUGAAGAAUUACAAAAAAAUAUUUGAAGGCACAGUCACUCCAGCCAGACAAAUUCCUAAUAUGCACCCAGUGUUAAUCAACAUCAAUAGGUUCCCAUUCUUUUUACUAUGCUAUUAUAUUCAGAAAGUUGUGGAUUAGAUUGGAUUGUUGACAUCCUGGUAUGAGCCCUGCCUGAUUUAGGUUAUAUAUUUUUCAGUGUAGAACUGAGAAUAGCAAUUGACAGAUUGAAGAUGGGGUUUGUGCAGAAAAUAAAACAAGGUCUCAUGGGGAGUGCUAAAGCUUUGGUUCAAGGCCAGUUUUCUUUUUGUUUUUUCUUUUUGUUUUGUAAUAGCUGCCUCCCUCUUAUUAGGGCCGUCAUAACUGCUGAAGGAGAAACAACAACAAUAUGUUGUGUUAUUUAUUUAUUUACACAACACAUCCCACACUUUCAACAUAAUGUAUGUUGCCAAGGCAGCUAACAGAGUAGAAAGAAACAAACUGGUAUAAUUUAAAACAACGAAGGUAGAUAGAAUUCAGCGUCAUGCUACUACAAAUGUUCUGUCUACACAAGCCUAUUAGCUUGCCAGAUGGAACAACACCCCCCCCACCCCGUCUCCCACAUGCUGGUCUGAGGGUUGUCCCCCUGAGCCAGUUCCAGGGGGCACACAGGAGAGGAGGAAAGCCUCAUUGCCGAAGUCCCGAGUGCAGGGCUUCCCACUGAUGGUGUUCUUUAGAUCAUGGGUAGACAAUCUAAGGCCCGGGGGCUGGAUGCGGCCCAAUCGCCUUCUCAAUCCGGCCCCCGGACGGUCUGGGAAUCAGCGUGUUUUUACAUGAGUAGAACGUGUGCUUUUAUUUAAAAUGCGUCUCUGGGUUAUUUGUGGGGCCUGCCUGGUGUUUUUACACGAGUAGAACGUGUGCUUUUAUUUAAAAUGUGUCUCUGGGUUAUUUGUGGGGCAUAGGAAUUCAUUCAUUUAUUUUUUUCCAAAAUAUAGUCUGGCCUCCCACAAGGUCUGAGGGACUGUGGACCGGCCCUCUGCUGAAAAAGUUUGCUGACCCCUGCUUUAGAUGAAUCUUGCCCAAAGCAUACAAUUGGUCUAAUAGUGUAUUUUAAUUGUUGUAACCCACCAUGGGAUAUUAGGGUGAAAGUAAUAAUGACAAACUACUGCAGUAACAGUGCAUUCACAUAAACAAUAAAACCAAGCUGCUCUAAAAAAAAGUUUCCAAAGUCGAUUGAUAUGAUAUUUAUGCAUAACUAGCUUAACUCUUGUUAAGCUCACUUAAUAGCUCUCAGAUUUGUAUAAGGUUUCCAUGAUGUCCUCAGGGUAUUUCCAGUGUUUGCAACUUUGCACUUGCCUCUAUAGGUCUGUUUCCUUACUCUACAUUCUUAAUCCCAAAUGCUGGCCCCUGGCCCUGGCUGUUGCCUCAAAAGUAUUUUCUGCCUUGAGAUGUGUUGAAUUGGUUUAGUUACUUUGCACGGACUUGUGAUAGCAACUGUGAUUUUGCAAACCAUUAAGGAAGAAAACAAUGCCAUAGCAGCUUUGAAUUAAUCUGUCUCCUUGUGUGGGAUAUCUACAAUAAACAAAGCUUUCUUUUGUUAAUGAAAAGGAUAAAUGGAAACAAAGUUUACCUGCAUGUCAAACUGGCUACUAGAGAGUUUCGGUUUCUGCGGGGAUAUGAAUAAACCAUUCAGUCUGAAUUGAGCGGGUUUCUCUACUGGUCUUUUUUCAUCACUGAACAAAAGGUCACAAUAAAAGUCUUUGUUGUUGUUUUUAGUCUGGUGUUACCAGGAUUUGCAUUUCAAUAACAGAGAAUUCAGUGACCUCAGCAAAGGGUAGGUGCAGUGGUGCAGAUGACAUGCCAAUUUGAAAUUAGCAAGGAAUCAGAUUCCUUUGAAGGUAGGUGCUUUUAAAAGUAGGUGCUCAAAUCAAGUCUAUUUUAGUUGAUUGCCUGGAGGAAAAUAAGCAGGAGAAACAAAAAAGCAACAUGAUUUAAAUGGCUUUUCUGCACAUUUUAAAAAUGGUUGCCCUGAUCCAGCUAAAGGGAAUUGUGACUAGGAAUGCAACUCUUUGCACAGUCUGCAUAAAAACAAGUCUGAUUGUUCUCAACAGGGCUUGCUGCCAUAUAAGUGUCAUUCUGCCAUGUAAGCGUGUUUAGAAUUGCAGCAUAAAUCUUUAUUGAAACCAAUGAAACAACUAACUAUAAUCUCAUUGCUCACAGCCGGACCUAGGGCAUAUGCACACUUCCUUUUUGCCCGGCUGUUUAAAGCUCAAUCGGAGCAAAGGUCAAUCCGCAGAAAACCCAAAUUGACGUUUGCUCCUAUUCAGCUUUAAAGAGUGAGUUUUCACAGGGAGAGCUCAGGCCAAAAAAGAAAAGAAAACAAGAGCGUUAAAGCGUGAACCUGUGCCUGGAAAGAGUGCAGCAAAAGGUAGAUGUGGAUAAGCCCUUAUUUAAAGCUAACUAGCUAGGUUGGGGUGGUGAUGAUUAAAAAUGCAAAAGCUGGUUGUCACUUAUGGCCAUUUGUCAUAGCCAAAUGCAGUGUAAAUUCUGCAGAUAAAAAAACCACAUUAAAAAUGUUGAUGAGUUGUCAAGUACAUAAACAUAUAGGCUGUUCCUAAGAACUGAUUGUGGUUCAAACAGAGGUUACAUUGUUAGUGAUGUAUAUAUACUUCUUUUUGGUUUUGAUAUCAUCUCUAAUCCAAGAGUUUUUGCAGGUUCUCAAACACUAUAAAAACCUGAGAAACCAAAAAGCGGAAUAAGUAUAUAGUGGUACCUCUAGUUGCGGACACGAUCUGUUCCGGGGUGUCAUUCAAACCCCGAAAAGUCCACAACUAGACUGGUGCUUCUGUGCAAGUUCAGAGCGUGAUAGAGCACUUCUGCGCAUGUGCGAAGCGCAUAGAACGCUUCUGCGCAUGUGGGUGCGGCGAAACCCAGAAGUAUACACUUCCAGGUUUGCCGUGUUCACAAGCCGAAAAGAUGCAACAUCAACCUAACGUAACAAGAGGUAUGACUGUACAUAGCAUUGUGAAUGGUGUUUUCACCAUACUAACUUCAACACACACAAAUGCACACACACACAAAUAUAUACUCCUAUUGUCUGCCUCUAGCCUUAGGUACAGAGUGAUAGAAUGGACUCCCUUAGAAGGUGGGAGACUCUCCUUCGCUUGAUGUUUUUAAGCAGAGGUUGGAUGGCCAUCCAUCAUAGAUGAUUUAGUUGUGAUUCCUUCAUUGCAGGGGGUUGGACUAGAUGACCCUUGGGUCCCUUCCAACUCUACAAGGAGCCAUCCCAUACCAGGACCGCCCUCAGGAACCUCCAAGGAAUUGGUUGUGAUUUUUAUGAUGGGUCACACUGCAGCUGGUUUAUGAUCUGUAGAUAAACUCAAGAUGGGGGCUGGAUUUUAAUUUUCUUUUUAAAUGCGAGCUUGGAAUCUGCUGUAGGUUAAAAUGUGAUGGGUUCAUCUUAAGGAUGUCUAUGUGUGUUUUUAAAAUGUCUUUCAGAAAGAGGGAGAGAGGAAUCACAAAGUUCGCCUAGCAGUUGGGAACGGAGUAAGAACGGAUAUCUGGAAGGAAUUUUUACACCGAUUUGGUGACAUCAAGAUAUGUGAAUUUUAUGGUGCAACGGAAGGAAACAUUUGCUUCAUGAAUCACAUGGGCAAAAUUGGAUCUGUGGGUCGAACUAAUUUCUUUUAUAAGGUGACUAUUUACAUGUAUAUACUGUGUGAAGGAAUGCCAGAUUAACAUGACUUUUAUAGCACAGUAGCAACUUUUUAUAGCAACUUUAGAAUCUGAAUCACUCGGUGGGAAGCUGCUGUUCAUACAAAAUCAAGCUUUAAACCUAGCUCUCUAUCAAGCCGUAAAUCCAUAAUCUAGUUAUUAAUUGUGUUAUUUUGGUCAGAUAUGAUAUAUGCAGGGACGCGGGUGGCGCAGUGGGUUAAACCACAGAGCCUAGGGCUUCCCGAUCAGAAGGUCUGCGGUUCGAAUCCCUGCGACGGGGUGAGCUCCCAUUGCUUGGUCCCUGAAAGCACGUCAAAGUGCAAGUAGAUAAAUAGGUAAACGGGAAGGUAAACGGCGUUUCCAUGCGCUGCUCUGCUUUGCCAGAAGCGGCUUAGUCAUGCUGGCCACAUGACCCGGAAGCUGUACGCCGGCUCCCUCGGCCAGUAAAGCGAGAUGAGCACUGCCACCCCAGAGUUGUCCGCGACUGGACCUAAUGGUCAGGGGUCUCUUUACCUUUACCUAUGAUAUAUGCAGUUGUUUGAAUCUUUGCUUUAUGGUUUUAACCAUGAAACAGAUCUAAAUAUUUACUCCCCUUCCCUUUCUAAAUUCCUUUUUGGGGAGGUGGAUUUUUUAAAAAAUUGUUUGCUAGUGAUGCUUCACUGAAAAACUUGGUUUGGGGAUCACUGAAUACUUUGUCCAUGUCUGUAGACAACUGGGAUUCUGCUCAUAAAUCACUGAAAUUCUUCUCAGGGCUUGCUGUCAUUUAGCUUUAAUAAAAUGAAACCCUCCAGUAGCAUGACUCCUGUGGGAUAGGAAUACAUUUAGAUCAGUGUAUAGAAAGCUCCCUUUGUGUGGAUGUAUGAAUACUAAGAACAGAGAGUUGUCAGUGCAUGCAUUAGCAUAGCAAGCAGUAAACAAGCCCAACUUACAACAACUCAUUGUGAAACUCUUUCAAAAAUCCACUUAUUUUUGUGUGAUCAUAACUAACAGAGCAAUAAUGUGGUUCUGCUGUGCUAACAGCUACUAUGCCCGGACCGAUGCCAAUGUACCAUAGUUUUAAUCCUCUGCACUCCCAGCAGUGAGGUGGAAAGUACAACAGUAUCAGAACAAAAAGCUAAGGUAAUAAUACCAAUGGGUGGGUGUUCCGACCAUCUAUCAUUCAGAUGGUGGCCAGUGAAUGGUCAUUUUGCAUUGCCAACCAAAUGAGGAAUAACAUCACAUGUUGAAGUCAAUAUUCCCUCCCUCGCACAAUGUACUAUCUUGCUUCUCCUUGAACUCUCAGCAACGUUUGAUUCCAUCACCUAUGGUAUUCUUCUGGAGAAGCUAUCUAAGGUGGGUGACACAACCUUGCCCUGAUGAGUUAAAAAUUAACUAUGAAAAGUCUGAAUCCAUUAACAGAAGGCUCCUUGGUCCAGCAGAUGUUUCUAUGAAAACAAGGAGAUGAUUUCCUCCCAUUUCCUGUUCAGUUCUCAUUUCACCAUACUGUUUUGGAGGGUUUCCCCAAACUCUGGAGCAGAUUUGUGGGACUGCACAGGGAAGGCCCAUAUAGUUAAAGCUAUGAUUUUCCCAAUAGUGAUGUAUGGAAGUGAGAGCUGGACCAUAAAGAAAGCUGAUCGCCGAAGAAUUGAUGCUUUUGAAUUAUGGUGCUGGAGAGACUCUUGAGAGUCCCAUGGACUGCAAGAAGAUCAAACCUAUCCAUUCUUAAGGAAAUCAGCCCUGAGUGCUCACUGGAAGGACAGAUCGUGAAGCUGAGACUCCAAUACAUUGGCCACCUCAUGAGAAGAGAAGACUCCCUGGAAAAGACCCUGAUGUUGGGAAAGAUGGAGGGCACAAGGAGAAGGGACGACAGAGGACAAGAUGGUUGGAUAGUGUUCUCGAAGCUACCAGCAUGAGUUUGACUAAACUGUGGGAGGCAGUGGAAGACAGGAGUGCCUGGUGUGCUCUGGUCCAUGGGGUCACGAAGAGUCGGACAUGACUAAACGACUAAACAACAACAACAACAGGGAGUUGCAAAGGGAAGCAGGAAUUGAAGAAAAUUAGACCCCUGCUUCCAUUCAAAGGGAGCAAUCAUAUAAUCAAAGAGUUUUUCAUUAAACACAUUGAUUUUUAUACACCCUGCAAUGGCUUAAUAUUGGAAUGACUUUAGUUGUGGAUAAAACAUAAGGAUUAAAGUUCCUGGGGCCUCUUUUACAAAGUGGCUCAUUUUUGUGAAGCAAGAAAGACUGCACACUCAAAGGAUGUUGGUCCAAUGGAAGGCUCUUAGUACUUUUUGUGUGUUCCCCCUUCUCACAAAGGAAUUGAAAAGAAGAUACCGAUUGAAUCAGCAACAUGCUCAGCAUUCUGAGUGUCUUGACUUCCUGGAGUAGUACAAGUCUUUUGAACAGUUACUCAUCUAGUUUUCAUUUUGGAUCUCUUCCCAGUUAAUGGGUAUUGUUGUGUAGUAAGUGACAAGCUGUGAAAGUCCAAAAGGGAUAAGUAAUUGCAGGGCUUGAGAAACAUGGUCUAAGAGCUUGACAAUGAAAUUUGAGAAGUCUGCAUUCUGGACAAUCAUGCUUGUUCAGUAAUUUUUUACUUCUACUGAAAAGUCCUGUAUGGAAAUACAUUGCACUACAAGCUAAAUAGUGAAAUAGAUAUUUCUGAACUAAGGAUUGUAGCAGCCAACUCAUAUCAUUGACAACUCAUUCCCAUUGAAUCCAGUAUGUGCAAGAUCACUUCUAAAACGUCUGUAUUUUUGUGCUUUUAAAAAAAAAAUCUUGAGAGUUUAUAAGGCUGCCAGACUUUUGCUGAAAUAAGAACUCAUACAUUAUUCAUAAUAUUUAAAUUCUCUGCAUUCUAAAAAAAGAAGCAAUAUUUUCCCCCUCACAUUAAAUUAAUGUAUUGCUCUUUCUCUUGAUAUAAGUUUACCAGUUUAGUCUUUUUUUCAGUCUUUAUUCAAGUUUUAUUAUUCAUUUUUCAUAUAUAUACAACACCUAGUCAUCUUCACUAUCAUCAGUCCAAUAAAAAUAUCACAAAUGAUACAUGCAGUUUUAACUAUGUGCUUUCUACACGAACCCAUGACUUCCUGUCCUCUCCAUGUUUCCUUUAUAUUAAACAUCUUGCAAAAAACUUAAACAUCCCCCCAAAAACUAGGUGCGUCCUAUGGGACAAAAAAUACGGUAGUUCCUAUGUCUUUGUCCAUGGAGUUUUCUUGGCAGGGAUACUAGAGUGGCUUGCCGGUUCCUCCUCCAGGUGGAUCACAUUUGGUCGAAACUCUCCACUAUGACCUGUUCAUCUUGGGUGCCCUGCUCGGCAUAGUUCAUAGCUUCUCUGAGUUAUUCAAGCCCCUUCGCCACGGCAAGGCACGAAGGGGAAGAGAAGACUCCCUGGAAAAUACCCUGAUGUUGGGAAAGAUGGAGGGCACAAAGAGAAGGGGACGACAGAGGACGAGAUGGUUGGACAGUGUUCUCGAAGCUACCAGCAUGAGUUUGACCAAACUGCGGGAGGCAGUGGAAGACAGGGGUGCCUGGCGUGCUCUGGUCCUUGGGGUCAUGAAGAGUCGGACACGACUAAACGACUAAACAACAACAACAGUUCCUGUGUGCUGUGAAAACACAAGUGAGAUCUACAAUGAAAUGUUGCAGUGUGGAGUGCUGCUGUCCACUCCAUUCCAUUCUUUCUCUCCAUUUGCCCUCUGCCCCAGUUAGUCAUCAUUCCAUGGCCACUGAGCAUGCUCAGUUUGCAUUAGGCUGGUUUUGAGACAUUCUCCCCUUCAGCUGCUAUUCUAAAUACACCAACCUGGGAGUGUGUUCCCAUGAUCUCAAUGGGGGCCUUACUUCUGAGUAGACACAUACUUCCUAGAUGUUUACCAUGCUGCUUCGUAACCCUCCUAUUGUUUAUAGAUGGUGCAGUUUUGGUUAUAUGAGCACCAGAACACCAGAAAUUGAGAAAAUUUGAGCCCAAGAAUAAACAUUUCUCUUUCCCAAGGCCAUUGGAUGGCACAACUCUUCUGCUUUUCAUCAGACCAAAUAUCCUGGUAGCAUAGUUUAGUCAUGCUACAUUUCCUUUUCCCGUCAUCUAAAGCAGAAACAGGAAUAAUUAUUUCCUUAGUUUUUCAAUUAGUGGGUUAGUCAGUUCCCAUCUGGAAGUAUUAAUUUAUGCCAGCUGAGGCUUUCUAUGAAUUAAAAUAUUAGUUAUUUGAUUUUGUUGUCUGUUGGACAUUAUUAGUAGCAGGGGGUACUUAAAAGACUUCAGUGACAGCUGUAUCAUUUGGGUCUUGGGCUUCUUGAGUUUCUAAUAAGUAUUAUAUUUCAACCAAAUAUAACACUGCAGUUUUACCCCAUCCUGUGGAUAAUGCAAGAAACAGUUCUUUUUCUUUUUUAUUUACAUUGUUUCCAAAAUGUUAGUUUUUCAGCUUAAAGAAAUGUUAAAUUAUUUUGUUCAGAUGGGAGAUCCUAAGGCAGAGCUUUCCAAACUUUUCAUGUUGGUGACACACUUUUUGGACAUGCAUCAUAUUUUACAACACAGCAAUUCAGUUUUACUAGCGAACCGGAGAUUAAACUAACCCCUUUCAAGCCUGGGCUACCAAGAUAAUAACGGGCCUUCAAACCAAUCCUUAUACAAAAGGACUGAGUCUAGAAAAGAGGAGACCAAGAAGCGAUAUGAUAGCCAUCUUUAAAUAUAUAAAGGGCUGACCACUUGGAAGAUGGAGGCAAACCGUAAACUAUAACAAGCUGUGCAUAAUCAAUGCAGAAUUUAACCCUGUCCUCCUGCCCAUCAACUGAUAUCACCAGUGAUGUCAGCUAAUGGGCAAGUUAGGCGUGUUUUAGGGGAAAUGGCCUUGUAGGCUAAAUUGGACCCCUGGCGGUCUGAUCUUGGCUCACUGGGCAGAGAUUUCCCACCCCUAUGCUAAGCCAUGGUUUACCUUAGCACUGCAUGCCAACCAGUCCAGUAACUCCCACUGCUGUAUUCAGAGAGAUGAACUGGGUCAUUCUUCAAUGCCUUGUUAAUGGGAAAAUCCAGGUGUCUUUUCCCAGAUGGUAUAUCAGCUUCAGGAGAACUACAUUUGUUCAGCACUCAAGCUGCUGUGUGCUGUUGCUUGGAAGAUAUAAUUUCCUUGAUAACAAUCCUCUUCUUCCCUGUUCUGACACUGGUGAAAGAGGGUCUGGCUGUGGAGGAAUUGACUUCAGCUUCAGUGUUUUUAAAAAUGUUCUGCUAGCAUCUGAAGGCCAUGAUGAGUUACAGUUGUUAAAGUGUUAUCCAAGCUGUUCUCCAUUUGAUCCUCCACACACACAUCCGCAGAAGAACCUCUUUUGAUGGUGUUGGAUAACAAGUACAAGCUGCAACUUUCUGGACAGCAACUAUUAAAUGGAAGUGGAUAGCCAAAAGUUUUCACAGUGUUGUGCGGGGGGUACUUUUCCACUUAGUAACAGCAAAACAAACGUUUAUGCUUUUACAUCUGGAAAAGCAUGUUUUAGGUCUGUGAUCCUACAGUUUUGUGUUAUCUGAAACAUGUUCCUGAAGCUUGAUUCCUAACUGGAUUUUCAUUGUGAAAAAGAAAAAAAGAUUCAUGACAAGAUCAUUUUAUUUAACAUAAUUUAUGUAACUCUUGAGGGACGCGGGUGGCGCUGUGGUCUAAACCACAGAACCUAGGGCUUGCCGAUCAGAAGGUCAGUUGUUUGAAUCCCUGCGACGGGGUGAGCUCCUGUUGCUUGGUCCCUGCUUCUGCCAGCCUAGGAGUUCGAAAGCACGUCAAAGUGCAAGUAGAUAAAUAGGUACCGCUCCGGAGGGAGGGUACACGGCAUUUCCGUGUGCUGCUCUGGUUUGCCAGAAGCGGCUUUGUUAUGCUGGCCACAUGACCUGGAAGCUGUCUGUGGACAAACGCCGGCUCUCUUGGCCAGUAAAGCGAGAUGAGCGCCACAACCCCAGAGUCGUCCGUGACUGGACCUAACGGUCAGGGGUCCCUUUACCUUUACCUAUGUAACUCUUGAUGGUAGUAAUACCUAUAACUCAGUUUACAGGAAAUAUUAAAAUUAUCAAUAAAAGCAAUUAAAGCAUUUACAAAUAAUUAAAAUUAAUAGUAAUAGAGAUUAAAACAAACAGACAAAAUUAUUUUACUGGAAUGAAAAGCAGGAAGGAAAGAGAGUAAUUCAGCCUCCAAGAUGUAAGGGCUUUCUGACUCCGGAAAGCGCUUGAAGUUCUUGAAGACAAUGGGUACCCUGAACUUUCAAAACAGAAUCUUUUUUCCGUUUGUCAAAUGAUGAGAUUCAUUUUUAUGACUUUGCAAAUAAGGCACAUGCUCACAACAAGUGAAUUAGUUAUCAUGAGAUGUCAAUUGAUUUUUAUUUUAUUUUUAAGGAAAGGGAGUGGAAUAGCAACAGGAACCCAGAAGAAGAGCAGUUGUGUUAGGUGGGAGAAUGCACUGGCUGUAUCUACAUGUUAUGGCAGGCCAUCUCAAAGCCAAGGUUUCUUCUGCACAUUUACAGAAACCAUUAACCAUGGCUUGCCUUAACAUGCCAAUGCAGCCAUUGCAACUUUUUUUAAAUAUUGUAGUAUGUAUCACAGAUGGUUGAGAUGUAAUAUCUUAUUACAAUCCUAAUAGAUUUAGAGUGAAAUCCUGUGCAUGCUUACUCAAAAGUAAGUCACAUUUUGUUUCAUGGGGCUUGCUCCCUAGAAAGUGUGUUUAGAAUUUCAUUUCUAAAGAUGGAGGUAACAUAGUUCUUGGCAUGUUUUCAUGCUGUUAUACACCAAUUCACAAACAUGGUUUGCUUCAAAUAGUCAUACUGAAUGGAUUGGAUUCAAAGAAUGAGUGGAAGGAAAAUAAAUGCUAGUGCUAUUUAGCAAUACCAGCACAAGAGCUUGCAGAAGAUUUUACAUGCUGCGCUGGUGGGUUAAACCACAGAGCCUAGAACUUGCCGAUCAGAAGGUCGGCAGUUUGAAUCCCCGCGACGGGGUGAGCUCCCGUUGCUCGGUCCCUGCUCCUGCCAACCUAGCAGUUCGAAAGCACAUCAAAGUACAAGUAGAUAAAUAGGUACCGCUCCGGUGGGAAGGUAAACGGCGUUUCUGUGCGCUGCUCUGGUUCGCCAGAAGCGGCUUUGUCAUGCUGGCCACAUGACCUGGAAGCUGUACGCCGGUUCCCUCGGCCAAUAAAGCGAGAUGAGCGCCGCAACCCCAGAGUCGGUCACGACUGGACUUAGUGGUCAGGGGUCCCUUUACCUUUACCUUUAUGAGAGGGAAGUUCUGUAACAGUUGUUAGGAUUCCAUUUGUGAGGGGGGAAAUUGCACAUCCUCUUCUGCAAAUGGAAGAACAUUUUUUGAUUUAGUUUUGUUUUAAUCUAGCAUGAGUUGUGAAACAGGACAUUUUUUGAUAUAUUCUGCAAAUUAACAUGGAUCCAAAGUUGCAUGUUAUAUCUGAAACUUAUUCAUAUAUAUCUUAUUGUAUGUCGUUGAUACUGGAAGGUGGCUCCCUAUUCAUAGUGUGUGUAAUUGUGUAGGUUGAAAGUGGCCUUCCUGUUGAGCUAGGAGGGAAGCAAGUCAACAGGUGGUCAUUGAAGGAAUACUUUGACUCAUUGACUAUUUAUAACCGUUUGUAAUAUUCUGAAGAGCCUCUUCACUUUGUUGUGUAGAAACACAUGCAAAUGUAACAUGAGAAUGCUGCUUUCUACAGCUAGUGGAUCUAUAUUUUGACUGCCACAAUUUUAUAUAUUCCUUUACUCCAGGGGUGACUAAUCCUCCAAAUGUUGUUGAACUCUUAUCAGACUGAACCAGCAUGUCUAAUGCAUAGCUGUCAACGUUUCCCUUUUUUUAAGGGAAAUUCCCUUAUUCUGAAUAGGAUUCCUCGCAAGAAAAGGGAAAGGUUGACAGCUAUGGUCUAAUGACCAGGUUUGUAGUUCAGCAAUGUUUGAAGGCUCACAGGUUUCCCACCCCUGAUUUACCUCUAACAUUUUUUGAAUUUCACAAUCUGACAUUUGAGAAAGUUUUGAAAUGCAUUUUGUAUAACUUGGUAAGCACAUUAGAACUUUUGAAAGUGGUAUAUGAAAUUACUUCAUUUUACAGCAUUGGUGCCCAAGGUUUUAAAUAUUCCCCAUGUUUAUUUAUUUACAAAUAUACAGACAAUAACAAAAGCACUAUGAGUAGUUUACAAUAUGAAUAUUACAAUUAAAAUGUAUUUGUUGCAUCUUCAUAAAAGCUUACUUUUAGGUAAGUACAAUCAUUAAGUAGAGCACACAACUCAUUUAAUGUACAUUAUUGAAUGUUGCCACAAGAUGUCACUGUCUAAACAUUACUGAUCCCAUUUUUCUUUCUACUUUAAGCUCUUUUUCCCUUUUGACUUAAUCAAGUAUGAUUUGCAAAAAGGAGAGCCAAUCAGAAACAAACAUGGAUGGUGUGAAAGAGUCAAGAAAGGUAAGGAUUUUAUCCUGAAUUUUGAGGGCAAUAGCUACUCCAGAGGUACUGGAUGCCUAAUUGAAAUGAAAACAAGAACACAUACUUUAAUAGGACUGCAGUUUCUUAACAGGCAUAGUCACUGUUCCUUAGUCGUAUCGAGAGAAACCACCUUGGCCAUUGUUGUACUGUGAAUCCCUGGACCAAGCUGUAUCAUUCAGGAUGCUGAGAAUCUUAGCUUGAAUUUUUAAGGAUUGCUGAGAAAAACCUAAAUAUUAUAAGGCAGAUUUUGCUAAAGGUGUAGGGCUUGUUUGUACACAGAGAUGCACAUAGACAUUACAACACAAUUAUAUACAGUGGUACCUUGGGUUAAGUACUUAAUUCGUUCCGGAGGUCCGUUCUUAACCUGAAACUGUUUUUAACCUGAAGCACCACUUUAGCUAAUGGGGCCUCCUGCUGCUACCGCGCCGCCAGAGAACAAUUUCUGUUCUCAUCCUGAAGCAAAGUUCUUAACCCGCUAAAUAUUUCUGGGUUAGUGAAGUCUGUAACCUGAAGCGUGUGUAACCUGAAGCGUCUGUAACCCGAGGCACCUCUGUACCCUAUUUUUCCAUGUAUUAGACAAGGUUUCUUGACUCAAAAAUCAUGUCAAAAAACUGAGGUUGUCCUAUACAUGGAUAGUGGCAUGGGGGGGGGGGGGAGAAGAGGCGCACUCGCCAACUAGCCAGUUGACGGGAUCACAACUUCCACCCGAUGCCGCUGUGCGCGGGAAACAGUCUAGGGAGUGUUUUCUGCCCGCAGCUGCAUGGAGGGCCAACUUUGGGCCAUCUCCCCUCAUCUUCUUAAAAUUGAGUCCCCAAAAAUAGGUGGGGGUCUUAUACAUGGGGGCGUCUUAUAGACGGAAAAAUACGGUAAGUGCUGCUCCGUAGCACAAGGAGACAGAAAUUGACAGAUUUGAAAUAUCAGAAAAACACUGUGGAGUUCUGGUAAAACGUUGUGGUCACAUUGCUUGUUGAACUUAAUAAACUAGAAAAGCAUUAGUGGAGUCCAUGUGUAACUCAGUUAUAUUGCAACCACUGUGUUACAUCAGUUUACUUCCAGCGAAGAUGGCAUCACAACUGAAUGUGCUUAUGAGACCCUGGCGUUGAGUACUUUGCCAAGCCUGUCACAGUUUCCAUGCUGUCAGCGAUGCAAAUUCUUAACAGUUGCUCUGAUAUAAAGCCUUACUCUUUAUUCAUACUUAGGGAGGUUGCUAUUGUACUUGCUAGAAAAGUCUCCAGAAUUUUAAAAUGCAUAGCUAAGGAUCAGAUAACGCCAAGCCACUGCUGUCAUCUGGUGGUCAGAUUAUGAAACAAUUUUCUUUUUAUUUGUAUGUUAUUUACAUAUUUACAAUUAUUUAAUUCUAACAAGCUUAUAGCUCAUAUUGUUUCAGUUUAUUUGGGAUUCUUUGUUAUUUCUUCUUUAAUCCAUAUUUAAGGAAAAUAAUGAGACCAUGGGAAAGCAAUCUCAUAACACUUCCACUUGACAUUUUUGCUAGAAAAACUAGAAUGGUUUUUUUUGGCUAGAUUGGAAUUUCCCUUUUGUAUGUUGAUUUUGCUUAAUAUACACAACCUGAUAUUGGGAAAUCCAUGUCUAUAAUAUCCAUUCUGUCCUAUUCCCCCCCCCCAAAAAACCCCAACAACACUGCAAGGGCAUACUCAGUUAUGUGAAGACCAAGGUAGCAUGCAUAAUGCACAGGCCCUGAAAUUUGGAUGUUGAAAUGUCGAGGUUCAAACUCCUGUAUGUGGAAAGAGCCUUUAGUUUUUCUAAAUGGCCCAGAAUUAUUAUUUUUUCAACCCAAAUGCGGCCUUAAAACCACAUUGGCUUAGAGACAAGCAGUCCCUCUUAAGUUCUAUUUCUCUGCAAAUAUCCCCCCCCCCAAUUUUUUGGCCCAAAGGUAUCAGAGACAUAGUUGUCAAACUGCAGAACAUCUGGAUGUGAGAGUUCUGGCACGGCCUGCCCUACCAGUAGGCAGAAUGAAGCACCUGCUUCAGUUGUUAAAUGCCAGGUGACAGAACCAUUCUCCCAGAGUCCUCCGAAAUAGCAUUCUCUCUGCUCCCUAAGUUAUUCUGCUGCACUCAGGUUUGGUAGAGGAUGUUAUCCCAUCACCAGUGUUAAAGUGAGAUUUAACUCCUAGUCCAGUUGGAUUCUGUACAUGGGUGGCAUCAUAUUUUCCUUCUUGAGAAGUCUUGAGUUUAUAUGCUGACUACAGUCUGCUUUUGAUUUAUAAUGGCCAUAGUAUAAUAAUUUAGAAUAAAGCUGCAUUUAUAUUUUUCUUAGGAUCUUUUAGAGUGAAUCUACAUGCUUCUUUGGUCAGCAUUUUGUGAUCACUUUGGAUUGGCAAGAGAGGCAAUGCAAGAGAAACUCGCAUACACACAAACACUUUUAGCUACGAUGCUUGAAGAGGCAUCCUGUCCUUUUGAUAGCUUUAGACAGCUUGGUAAAUAAUUACAGAUUGUGCUGAGCUAACGUGCAUCUAUCUUCUUCUCCACAAUUUUACACACAGGUGAGCCUGGCCUCUUAAUAUCCAAAGUACACUCAAAGAAUCCAUUCUUUGGCUAUGCUGGAAAUAAGAGAGACACAGAAAAGAAAUUACUCUCUGGCGUGUUUAAGAAGGAAGAUUUUUAUUUCAAUACAGGGGACCUGAUAUUUCAAGAUCAAGAUAACUUUCUUUAUUUUUGGGACAGGACAGGAGAUACAUUCAGGUACAGCUACUAUUAAAAAUUAAACCAUCUGAGUGUGUGUGUGUGUGUGUGUGUGUGUGUGUGAACAGAUAGUGCUGCUUACACUUACUUUUGUUCUAUGCCCAGUGCACCCUACAUCUGACUACAAACAUUUUCACCGAGCGGGGGGAAUAUUUUACCUAAAAAUAAAAAUCCUUGGAAAUAGCUACCAUAAUUGUAAGAAGCAGGGAAUACAUUUGCCUACUACGCAACCUGUAUGCUCUAAUAAUAUGCUUUGCUUUAAAGUUUACAGGUUGAUUUUUCUAACAAUUAAAUUCACAGGUAACCUUUGUAAGUUUAAUUCCUCAAGAUACUGAAGUCAAAAGGUGUAUUGGUAAUGAUAAAUGGUGGUAUUUGUCCUACUCAGUGUAGAAAAAUUAAAAAAUAACUUGUCCUUUGAUUUCAAUGGGUUUACUUUGAGUAGGACUGACAUUGGCUACAACUGUGGUUUUUUGUUACAUUCACAAAAGCCUGGGCAAGCCUUCAUCCCACACACUCAUUCUCUCUCCUUCUCUGGGAGAUUGUAAGCUUUCACUUCCAUUUUUAGCUAACUGCAGUUAAGCAUUAUGUCUGGACCAGAUCAAUUGUGGCCCAGUAAACUAUGGUUUACUGAAACAAGCCAACUUUUAAAAAAAUUAAGCAAAAUUUAUUUCAAUAAUCCAUAGUUAUUAACCACAGUUUAGGGUUUGAACAUGAAUACUCAGCUCUCAAUCCCCCCCCCCCAUCUAUUUCCAAUUAGCCAAUCUUCACAUGACCGUGAAGGAAGAGGGGAGUGCAUAUGCCUGAAAGCUUGGUAUUUUUCUGCAUGGUUAAAAUUAAAAAAGCAGAAUUGCAAGCAAUCAUGAGGUACCAUGCAUAUUUAUCUGCACACAUUUCAUUUUAGAUGGAAAGGGGAAAACGUUGCCACUACCGAGAUUUCUGAUGUCAUUGGUAUGUUGGAUUUCAUACAGGAAGCCAACGUGUAUGGGGUUUCUGUACAAGGUAAGGAAUAUAUUCCGCAUUUUACUUCGUAAAUAGUGUCGAUGCAAAUGGCAUCUGCAAUUUUUUCCCUUUUCUUCCUCAAGCUCAGGAGCAUCUAUUUAAUGUAAAAUGCAUUUUUUUAGCUCCCAAUACUGAAAACUAGAAUAGGCAUUUAGAAGGGCUCUUAGGGAAAAAGAAACAACAGACUGUACACGCUAUUAACGCAAGUCUGUCCUUGUGUUGCUAGCUUGGAAUCUGAACCAGAUAUGUUUCACUGUAGCAAGCACAGAUUUAAGUGACCCAUACAGCUUUCUGGUUUAAACAGUUAUGGAAAGAACCUCAGACAAACAGCGUGGUGAUGUGCAACCAGAACCAUGAAUUAUUAUGGCGUUUUCUUCAUUUAUCCAAAAGCCAUACUAUGGUGUGAUAUCAGAAGCACUGUCUAUAUCAUUUGAUAGCUGGGCAUUUUUGAAUUUUAAUGGAUAUAACAUUAAUAAUCCCCUACAGGUUAUGAAGGAAAAGCAGGAAUGGCCUCUGUCAUCUUAAAGCCUAAUAAGUCUUUAGAUCUGGAACAACUUUAUCAACAUGUGGUGAUGUAUCUGCCCAGCUAUGCCUGUCCACUCUUUUUAAGACUCCAGGUAAUAAUAUACGAAGCACCGUAGGCAUGUCUCCAAGCCUCUUAAUCAUUAGCAGGAAAUCAGCUCAGCGAUCUACUAAGCCACACAUACUGAACACUAAGUGAUGACUUCAGAGAAAGCUACCUAAUGGGUAUUUCAGAAAUCAGUUGUACACUUAGUCCUCUUUACCAUUUCCAUUAACAAGUUGGAAUUAGAUAGCACACUAAUGAAAACUACAGAUUAUGCUAAAUUGGAAAGAGUUGUGUACCCCAGGAAAGAUAAUAUAAAGGGAUUAGUGGGAUUAGAAACAUGAAUCAGGAAUAACAAAAUGAAAUUUCGACUGGCAAAAGAAAUAAUGUUGGAAUGUAGAGAUUCCGCAUCUAGAACAGAGCAUAUUAGAAAUUACAUAAUAGCAGACUCACCCCCCCCCAAAGCUGGUGCCCACCAGAUCCUUUGACCUAAAAUACCCAUCAGCCUCAGCCAGCAUUGCCAAUGGUCAGUAGUUCCAGCAACAUUGGGAGGGGGGCACCAGGUUGCUAGUGACUCUUUGAAAAGUGAAGUCAGUUAGACAGUUGUUUGUAGUGUUGGGUCAAGGCUGGCCAACAUGGUGCCCUCUGGAUGUUGUUGUUGGACUCCAACUCCCACCAACCCCAGCCAGGGUGGCCGAUGGGCAGGAGUGAGUUGUCAUCCGACAACGUAUGGAAUGCACUGUGUUGGCUAUCCAUAAAAUAAAUACAGUCUCAGCUUACAUCUGUUGGCCACCACGUUUCAUAACUGGAUUUUGUAAAUGGAAAUAUUGUGAGCCAGGGGGACUGGGGGGUCCUUGCCUGCAUCAAUAUCUGGUAGGGAGGGGUACUGGGAGGUAAUAAAGGCUGCUCUUGGGUGAGACUGAAAGAUACAUACUAAGAACUGAAUCCUGCAAGACUUUAGCUUUGCUGUGCUUCUAAUAGGAAGACCGUUAAGAAUUGCUUUUGAAUUGAGCAAAUGCAUCUCUGUGUAUUUCCUCACACAGUGCAAUAGGAAAAAGAGAAAGAGCAGAAAAAUAAGAUCAGGGAAAUUAUAUAUGACCACAUGCCUUGGUAGAUAUACCUAGUUGUCCUUACUGGCUUUUGCAGAACACUUUUUGGUUGGGCAAAGGAUUUUUAAAAAUUGAAUAAGCCGUGUGUCAUUAUAGAGAUGAGCCUCACUGCCUUUUCCAUCUUUGAUUUCUGUGACAGUUGUAUGAGUCAGAGGAAAGUUAUGUGGGCAGCUAAAACCAUUUGUAUAAAUCUUUGUAUCAAAUAUUAUCUCUUAAAAAUUUUGUAAUAUCAUCUUUAGUUUCCAAACAAAUUUAUAGAUUUAAAAGUUCAGCAAAUUAUAGGAUAUUGGUGUAUUAUAAAGCUACUUUUAUAAAUUCUGCUUCAAAGAUCCCAUACACAAGCUUCAGAACUCCAUGCUUGACAUUAAGUUGGUUCACACAACACAAUGAGCCAAACUAUAGCUUACCGAAACAGUUCAAAUGUGUGUGCAACCUCCGAGGAUUUAUUUCCUCACUAAUCACAAGCUGUGGUCAAGGUUUGUUAUUGACUACAACUCAUAGCUCAGACUUUCACGUGGUCUCAGUAAGCCAUAGUUUGGAUUUCCUUCUUGCGUGAACCAAGUUAAUGAAGCUGCAUUUUGCAUUUCAUGUUAAACCAUGGUUUAUUGUGAUGUACAUGAGCAAGAACAAACCUUGCGAUCAUGUGCUCCCUCUCUCUCCUCCAGCAUUGUGGCUGAGGGGUUAAGAAGCAUUUAGUUUUGCUUCUGGUUUAUAAUGUCAUGGGACAUUUUUUUAAAAAAAGUCAUUAACGUUAACUGUUAAUUUCAAACAUGUCAAAUUCAAACCAAGGGUUAUGGAACUAGUUUGUUGAAACUGACUACAGUUGGUGUUAAUCAAAAUUCAGGGUCUGGAGGAUAUGGCAAAUUGUGGUUAACUAAAAGCAGAGGCAAAACCUCCCAGAUUCUUGGCCUUAUAAGCAACCCAAGGUCAUUGUGAUUCAUUCGCAUCAUGCUGCAUCAUGGUUUCAUGAGUUAUUCAACGGUAGCCUCAGCCUCUGAAGAUAUUCAUCUCCCCCCACAAAUGAAGAUUUAACACAUCUCUUGGUGAGCGUGUUUUGUUUACAGCAAACAAACUAAAAAUCUUCUCUUUUGCCUGUAGGAAGUAAUGGAAGUCACAGGAACUUUCAAGCAACAAAAAUUUCAGUUGGUCCAGGAAGGAUUUAAUCCAUCUGAAAUCAGUGACCCACUAUAUUUUUUGGACAAUUGUAAGAAGUCUUACGUUUUAUUAACUAAAGAACUGCACGAUAGAAUCUUAUCUGGACAAGUGAAACUUUAGUGCUUAUUAAUAAGGAUUUUACAAGCUGCUUCACAAGACAAGACAAAACUUUAAGCAUGUUUGUCAGCUAUAUCCUGUAUGGUCUCCUGGUGAAGAGAUGUACACUGCUGAAUUUUACAGUAAAUAUUAGGGAGGGAUUAUGCUUUAUUAAUCUUUCUCUGUUUUGACCAUCAGUGCAUACUAAUCUACCUCUUAUAGUGCAAUCCUAGGCAUGUCUACUCAGAAGUAAGUCCUAUCGAAUUCAGUAAGAUUUACUCCAAGGCUAGCCUUAGACUAUCAUUGGUUCAGUAUUUUAUAGUUUUCAUAUAAAUAUCUCCUAAUUAAAUGUUGUUUAUGAUCAGCAUAAACAAAUGACAUUGAGAGAAUAACAAAGCUACAGCGAAAUUAUCUUUCGCUGUCUUACGCUGCAUAUUUUAUAGUAUAAUCUCCCUCUGCUGGACAAAAACUGGUCACUAUUAGCAGUAGAUGGCCGUUGUUCCUAAUGGCCACCUCCUAACUACACAGGCAUACCUCUUUUUAUUGCACAGUGCUUUAUUGUGCUUUACAGAAAUUUAUCAUUGUGAGGAUGUCAGUGCAGCUGCAAGAAGCCCAGCCAGGGAAAGGAGGCCUUCUUACUACUGCCUCUCUUCUCGAGAAUGGAGCAGGCCAGGGCUGGAGCCAGGUUUUUCCUCUCCCGCCCCUGCAGCCAGGGAGUCUUUGCUUAAUAGUGUAAACAUAACACUCAUAUGCACUGAGAAACAAAAUAAAAGUUAAGUUGUGGGUGAACAUAUCAGACGACACAGGGAUUCUUCAAACAGCUCUUGUUUAUUCACAGGCCAGAACAGAACUGAACUGAAGGGUUCAGCCAGCCUGCUUAUAUAGAGCUCCACUAGAACACAACAGUAACCAUUUUCUGUAACUGUCCAAUCACUGAAUGUCACUUUCAAUCCUUUAUUUGCAUAUGUGGACCUGAACUAUCUACAGUAUCCCCCUGCUGGCCCAGGGUGAGAACUUCAGUACAUAACAGUGUGACUCCCUUUUUUUUGCAAUAUUCGCUUUAUUGCAGUGGUCUGGAACGGAACUUACCAUAUAUCCAAGUUAUGCCUAUAAACAUUUAUUUCUUAAAAACAAUAAACAGUUGAAAAGAGAGAAUCAUGCCACAAUCUUGAUUUGUUAACUCUGCAAAAAUCAUGCCUCUGUGAUAAUUUGUGCUGCAAUUCUGUACACCUGGGGCCAAGCCACUACUGAAUACAGUGGGACAUGCUCCUGAGUAGACAUAUUCAGUAUUGUGCUAUUACUUCUGACACGCAGGACUGCAACAAUAUUUGUUUUACUGAAACAGAAAUUAUUCACAUCCUUAUUUUAAUGUUUUCUAAUCUUAAUGGCCACUGAACCACAGUAGUAUUCUUUGUUUAAAAACUUAGUACCAACUUGUAGUCCCUCUCUGCACAGAACUCUUCUGAAUGCUUUUAUUUCCAAAACUGAAUAAAUUAAAUUGCAGUCCUGUACGUACUUACCUCAGACUAGACACACAUAGGAUUGUGCUGUUAGUGUUCUGUUUUUGAGCAUGAAACAAAGAUAACACGUUGAUUUCAGUUCCUAUGCAAAUAUACAGGAAGAAUACCUUUGUCUGCAAUAAUACGAGAAGGUUGUGCAGAUGUCUUUUGCACACUGGGUACCUGUAUCUUGCACAUUAGGAAUUUCCUAUCAUAUACCUGUAGUAAAACAAGAACUUUUUUACAUGUACGCAACAGGUGUUUUUGUUCGUUCAUUAAAAAAACCAAAACCCUUCCCCCUAAGAGAAUUGCCAUUUGUAAAGCAGCCCUCGCUUGAAGGUGUUCCUAGUUGUAAAACAAUACUUCUUAUUUAUUUUAAUACAUUUUUAAGUCUCAUUCUUCUGUGCCAGACUUAUGGCAGUGCACAAUGAAUGAUUGAAAAAUUUCUUCACUAUGCAUCAUGACACUCCACCUGGCACACAGUCCCAUUCUUGUAGAAACUAGCUAUCUGAUCCACUUUCUGUACCUUUAAAUUUCUAUUGCCCUAGAAACUAGGGCAGGGGUCAGUAACCUUUUUCAGCUGUCGGCCGGUCCACAGUCCCUCAGACUAUGUGUAUUAAGUUGUGGGUGAACAUAUCAGACGACACAGUGAUUCUUCAAACAGCUCUUGUUUAUUCACAGGCCAGGACAGAACUGAACUGAAGGGUUCAGUCAGCCUGCUUAUAUAGAGCUCCAGUACAAUGUAACUGUAACAAUUUUCUAAAACUACCCAAUCACUGAAUGUCACUUUUGAUUCUUUAUUUGCAUAACUAUCUACAGUAUCCCCCUGCUGGCCCAGGGUGAGAACUUCAGUACAUAACAAUGUGGUAGGCCAGACUAUAUUUUUUGGGGGGAAAUGAACGAAUUCCUAUGCCCCACAAAUAACCCAGAGAUGCAUUUUACAUAAAAGGACACAUUCUACUCAUGUAAAAACACACUGAUUCCCAGACCAUCUGGGGGCCGGAUUGAGAAGGUGAUUGGGCCGCAUCUGACCCCCGGGCCUUAGGUUGCCUACCCCUGAACUAGGGCAUGGAUCCAAAGGAUUUCUGUGUGAGUAAAGAGGCUCUUCUGCCCACACAGCCUCCCUUUCUUGCUGCUAGCCAUCCCCACCUGCCAUAUGCCAUUCUGUUUCGGCUGUUUCCCCCCAGUCCUCAGAAGCAGAGAUUCAGAGGAUAGAGAGGGUUUAAGAGGAAAGGGGCUGUUGGGAACAUCUAGCUUCAUUCACAGAACGAAAAUUAGGAUCCAGGCCAAAAUCCCUGAGUGUAGCAUAGAACUAGCAAUCACAGACAGUAAGAAGACACCCGUGCACAAACUUCAGCACCUUUUAAAAAGAAGUAUAUUGCAUUUCCCUUCCUACCAUUCUACAGUGAUUGCUUUGUAAGCUCUUCAGAGCAUGACAGGCAAUAGAAACGCCUCGUACCCUUGGCCCAGUGCUGUUAAGUCAGAAGUGCCCAUUAACUCCUUGUAAGUGAUGAACAAUGGAUCUCCGAGAUCUUAAACUAAAAUACCAAUUCUGUAAAUGCUGUUUUUCUUGACUUUAUUAAAAGCAAGUUCCUUUCUCAUUUUACACACACAUUAACUGGUGUUUUUUUAAAUAAACAAUAAAGGUAGAACAUAAAGGAGUGGGAGCAUAGCUCAGUUGUAGAGGUUUUUUUUUUAAUAAAAAAAUAAAGGUAGAACAUAAAGGAGUGGGAGCAUAGCUCAGUUGUAGAGCACAUGUUUUUCAGGCAGGAGGCCUGAUGUUUAUUCCCUGGCACCUCCGGUUAAAAGGAUGAUGUUUCCUGCUCUCUGCUUGAGAAAGGAUGCUGUUGGUCAGAGUAGGUGGUAUGGGACGAAGAUGGACAAAUGGUCCAGCUUGGUAUGAGGCUUCCUGUGUUCCUGUGAUUUUUUUAUUAUUAUACAAAAUGUAUUAAUAAGCUGCUUUCAUAAAUAAUAAAGGACCAGAAUUUUUAAAACGUAACGUAUUUUUGUUUCAGUUUUAAUCAUGCACUUAUGGUUGUGGUUGUUGUUUAACUGUUCACUCGUGUCCGACUCUUCAUGACCCCAUGGAUCAGAGCACACCAGGCACUUCUGUCUUCCACUGCCUCCCGCAGUUGGGUCAAACUCAUGCUGGUAGCUUCGAGAACACUGUCCAACCAUCUCGUCCUCUGUCGCCCCCUUCUCCUUGUGCCCUCAAUCUUUCCCAACAUAAGGGACUUUUCCAGGGAGUCUUCUCUUCUCAUGAGGUGGCCAAAGUAUUGGAGCCUCAGCUUCACGAUCUGUCCUUCCAGUGAGCACUCAGGGCUGAUUUCCUUCAGAAUGGAGAGGUUUGAUCUUCUUGCAGUCCAUGGGACUCUCAAGAG